GGCGUCGGAGGCGCGAGAGGAUUGUGGGAUCGCAAGAUGGCGGCCCUGCGCAGCUUCCGGGCGGGAGCCGGGCGUUUCCUGCAUCCCCAGAGCUGUUGCAGGGUGUGGAGAAGCCUCAGCGUCUCUGCUGUGCUUCAGCAGGGCCGAGCCCAGGCAGAGAAGCCGAAGUCGGAGGGGGUCUUCCAGGUGACCCUGCUUCCUGGGGACGGGGUGGGCCCGGAGCUCAUGCACUCUGUCAAGGAAGUCUUCAAGGCUGCUGCUGUCCCUGUGGAGUUUGAAGAGCAUCACCUGAGUGAGGUGCAGAACACUGCUUCGGAGGAAAAGCUGGAUGAGUUCCUCGACUCCAUGAAGAAGAGCAAAGUGGCUCUCAUAGGGAAGAUCCACACCCCCAUGGAGUACAAAGGGGAGCUGGCGUCCUAUGACAUGAGGCUCAGGCGCAAACUUGACCUCUUUGCAAACGUGGUCCACGUCAGCAGCCUGCCUGGCUAUAAGACGCGGCACAACAAUUUGGACCUGGUGAUCAUCCGCGAGCAGACCGAGGGAGAGUACAGCUCCCUGGAACACGAGAGUGCAAAGGGGGUCAUUGAGUGCCUGAAGAUCAUCACCCGGGACAAGUCCCAGCGCAUCGCCAAGUUCGCUUUUGAUUACGCCACCAAGAAGGGCCGUUCCAAGGUCACAGCUGUGCACAAAGCCAACAUAAUGAAGCUGGGCGAUGGGCUCUUUCUGCGCUGCUGUAAAGAGGUGGCCGAGUUAUAUCCCAAGAUCCAGUUUGAUACCAUGAUUAUUGACAACUGCUGCAUGCAGCUGGUACAGAAUCCCUACCAGUUUGACGUCCUGGUCAUGCCAAACUUGUAUGGGAACAUCAUAGACAAUCUGGCAGCUGGCCUGGUGGGGGGAGCCGGCGUGGUCCCUGGUGAGAGCUACAGUGCUGAGUACGCUGUCUUUGAGAUGGGUGCCCGUCACCCCUUUGCCCAAGCCGUGGGGAGGAAUAUCGCCAACCCCACCGCCAUGUUGCUGUCCUCUGCCAACAUGCUACGGCACCUUAACUUGGAGUACCACUCGACCCUGAUCUCGGAGGCGGUGAGGAAGGUGAUCAAGGUGGGCAAGGUGCGGACGAGAGACAUGGGCGGUUACUCCACCACCUCUGACUUCGUCAAGUCUGUCAUUGACCACCUGCACCCCCACUACGGGGUCUAGGGCUGGGCCCUGCCAGUCCUUGACGGUGCCCCCCCACCCUCCCAGCACUCCAGGCCCACCAGCCCUCCCUCCCCCUUGGCUGCCAGUCCCUGCACAAUGUCUCGAGGCUCCCCUCGCCCCUCAGCAGGAGCGGGGGAGGGAAUGCCCCCCCCCCCGUUUGGACCCUUCAGGGCAGGCAGUCUGUGGACUGGGAAGGGUUACCUUUGUUGGCUGGCUGGGGAGCAGCAAGAGCCCCUGAAGUGUGCCAGGUGGGGGGUGGGGGUUCACAGUCCAGAGCAGCCGGGACCCUUGCCACCACUUGCCCACUGGCAUUGUGAGAGGCUGGCACUCCCUCCGCCGCCUCCUGGGAGCGUGGCGUCCGUGACUGCUGUAGGGCCAGAGGGCAUUCCUUUUGUGACCCCCUCCGGAGUGUUGGCCUUUGUGCCCCCCUGCCCCGCCCCGCCCCGCCCGAAGGUGUGCAGGCACCCUUUCUGCAGCACUGGGUGCUCCAGGCUGCUCUGUGCCCUUUGGGCGAGAGGGUCUCCCCUGCCUUGGAGCAAGGGAGAGCUCACUUUGGAAAGGCCCACUUCUGAGCUGGCAGGCAUGGGCGGCUCGAGGGGGGUGGCCCAUGCCUGCCAGCUGCAGAGUGCCGUGGCCCCUCCAGGAGCUGAGGGCCUGGCAUGGAAGGCAGGCAGCGGGGGUUUUGCCAGAGGGGCGGAGGCUGGCCUCUGGAAAUGGAGGCGGCAGGUCUUGGCCAGGGGCUGGCCGUGUCGCAGGUCACACUGCAGAGAGCCAGCCUUGUGUGCUACCCCCUCAUUUGUGGGGGGGGGAGAGGGGGCUUGAGGAAGUAGAGGGUGCUGGCAGCUGGGUAUAGCGGGGCAGAGAGUGCCAGUGGGGGGGCAGAGAUCUGCCUGGCACCAUCUGGUCACACUGUGUAUUAAUUGUGAAUAAACAUGCAAGUCUUUUGCUUGGAUUCCUCCUGGCUGUCCGUCCAUCUCCUCACUUCUUCUUGUGAAAGGACAGCAUUUCCUGCGCUGUCUUGGCAAGAGCCCUCGCGCUUCCUAGUGCUGCCCACUUGGCUCCAUUGCCAGCAGCCCUCCUCUGCCUGAGAUCUUGGUGAGGGGACUUGGGUGGUUCGAGACUGCACAAGUGUCGGAUGUUUGUAAUAAAUAGUUAUUUGCUUUUU